AUGUCCCAGGUGGACGAUAACCCACAGCCUGAAGCAUCGUCCCAGAUCGAGCAGCCUGCUGCUGUAUCGUCCAUAGCGGUGCCAACGUCUGAUAUUGCUCGACAGAGGCGCAGAAUAGCUGAUCUGGAGGAGAAGCUGCAAGUGCUCGAGUCGGGGCAUGCGGUGAAACAAAGGGAAACAAACUACUUCAUGUCACAAGGACGGGCCAUCAGACGGAUGGUUACACUAUAUGAUAGCGUCGAGGACUUGAUAAAUGAAAACGAUAGGCGGUGUGACAUAGAGGGCGACGACGACGACAUAACUCUCGAGUCCGUGUUUCACCUCCACCUACUGAUCGCUACUGACCGGUUUGAUACCAGUCAAAAUUGGUUGCAAACCGGAUAUAUAGUCCUCAAUAAUGUACUUCCGUGGUUUCACCGAAAGGCUUCCGACAUGGAGUACGAAGAUUAUACGCACAUGUUAAAAAAGCUUAGACAGGGUGCGGACGGUGCUCAAGGUGAUGACACUUCGAAGCUCAAGCCUCUUGUCCCUGAUUGGGUCAAUCGCGAGUGGAAACCUGAUCCCCCAGUCGACCCCGAAGAUAAACACUGCCGUGGCUUCACCAACGACGCCUGUGGCAGACUGCUCUGUCCAACAGAGCUAGACUGGAAUAACCCAACAUUAGUAUUGCACUUUGUCAGAGCAGGAAUUAGGGACCGCAUAGACGGCCAUAUCGUGACGGAAAUGUCAUGGCCCGCAUUUCUUUAUGCAGGAUAUACAGCUGAUCCGAAUAAUCUCGAGGAGGGUCUCUUCAAAAGCAAGCUUUUAGUUCAGGCAUUCAAAGCCAUAUUUACAUCACCCUCUUCGGCAAAGGAAGUUGCUGGUGAUGGUGAUGGCGCCAACAUCAUUGAAAACAACAGACGCGCGAAGAAGGAUGUUUUGGGCAAGAAAGUCAAAACACACGUCGCUCAAAUCAUUAAAAUGCACAAAGUCUCACCUCGCUCGAUCGCUUAUGUGUCGUGUCAAGUAAGUGACGGCGACUUCGAUUACAUACAAUUCUGGUGCAAUAUCGUGGAUUUCUUUGAAUGCCCGCCUGGUCGAACAGCGCAGCGCAACGUUGACCGACUCCUGAUGUGGUGGACGAGGAAAGUUUUUGGAACAACUCGUCGGGCGGAACUCAGUGAUGCGGCCAAGGCUCACAUGUCCGUAAAUGCUCUCGCAAUGCAGCGGGCACGAUUGGAUGAUGCACUUUUCGAUUCUGAGUAG